AUGCUGACCGCGUGCGUGGAGGGUCUGGGCCUGGCUCUGAGCGCGGCCGGCUCGCUGCUGGUGAUGGUGGCCUGCGGGCUGCCCAUGUGGCGGGUCAGCGCCUUCAUCAACUCCAACAUCGUGGUGGCGCAGACCCUGUGGGACGGUCUGUGGAUGAGCUGCGUGGUCCAGAGCACCGGGCAGAUGCAGUGCAAGGUCCACGACUCGGUUCUGGCGCUGACGCAGGACCUGCAGACGGCGCGGGCGCUGACGGUGGGCUCAGCCGUGCUGGGGGUCGCGGCUCUGGCGGUGACGGUGGCGGGGGCGCAGUGCACCACCUGCGUCGGCGACCAAGAGGUCAAGGCUCGGACGGUGGGCGCCGGCGGGGUCCUGUCCAUCGUCAGCGGGCUGUUCAUGCUGGUGCCGCUGUGCUGGAUGGCCAACAACAUCAUCGUGGACUUCUACGACCCGACCGUGCCCCCCUCCCAGAAGAGGGAGCUCGGAGCGGCCAUCUACGUGGGCUGGGCCGCCACGGGGCUGCUGCUGCUGGGGGGCGCGCUGCUCUGCUGCUCCCUGUGGCCCGGGGUCAGGACCGGCCUCGCGCCCAUCAAGACCACCUGCGGCGGGGACGGGAACAAGUACUACGUGUGACGUCACUCGUCACUGUCCAUUUUUGCUUGGGACCUCAUCACCCUGCUUAGAUGAGUACAAAUACACGUUGAAAUACUCUGAACUCAAAACAAGUCACUUGACUGACUGACGUCAUUAUGGACAGGAAGUCGAGGUGCCGGAGUCGUUUUUUCAUAAAAA